CUCUCUAUACUUUUCAACUUUAGUUUAUCGCAAUAUUUUUGUUUACUUCACUUCUUAGAAUGUGUUAAUUUUUCAUUCAUUCAUUCAUUUACCACCCUAAUUUACCAUACUUUCUGUCAUCCAUACUGUAGUACCCAAAAUUUAUUAAAAGGUUUAUUGUGCAUCUAAUCAUGAGCGUAAAUUUUUAUAAAUGUGAAGAUUUGUUGGGUGUUAGUGACAGAAAAUUGAUAGCCAUUGCUAGAGCCUACAUGUGUUUGACUUUUCCCGAGGGGAGGGGGAGUUGUUGCUACUUGCUAUAAAGACAAAUAAACAAACAACAAAAGUUACACGUUUUGUUUGGUUUUUUUAAAAAAAUAAAAUAAAAAAAAUACUCAACUAACCCCUUAAAAAAAUACUACUCUUGUUUCGGUUCGAAACGGUUAGCGUCCUCGCAAGAGUCCGCCAAGUCUUGAGAGCUCACGUCCUUGCUGGAAAGCUGCACAGGAUGCAAACGUAAACUACCCUCGGGGUGGUUUUGAGGAAACCCCCUCCGACGCUCAAGUCAGAUAUUUGGACCAAUAGGAUGUAGAGAGAGAAAAGAGAGAGAGAGAUAAGCUAUUUUUAGUGUGUAAGAGAAUGUACCUGCAGAAUAGUACCAUUGGGGUAUUUAUAGAAGUACUAUUCCUCUGACAGUACGUAUGAUCCUUUGACACGUGUAGGGCUAUGACGCAUUUGACAGGUGGGAAGAUUCCCUCUAUUUUGUCUUGUUAGGCGUCCGCCAACACUCCCGGUCCCAGGUGAUGAACUGGCUCGAAAGAUCCCUUUAAUGGUUUUAUCGCACUCGCGUCCAUAGGUACAUUCGCGGUCGCUAGUGAGAAGGCCGUUAAUGAACUUGGGUUAUACCCAUACAACUAGCCCCCCAGCAUCUUUUGUGGUCGCGACCACUGGAGAUGUUGUCGGAUGGACGCGGACAUUUUUGUGACGGUAUUUUUAUAUUUCUUUUUACUUUUAUUUUGAUCUUUUAUCCUUUCUUAGUGGGGUAGGUUUGUGGGGUGCCACGUGUCGUCGUAGGGAGUUGAAGGAUUUCGAAAAGUUAAUGAUUACCUUUUCCGAAAAUCCGCCCAAAUGCUUUACUAGGUUUUAAUGUAGGCUUGACACUUGGCACGUAUCUGAGAGGAAGUUGAAGAGUUUACUCGAUCUUAACCGCUCAUCCUGGUAUAAAAACAAAAGGCGGUUUUUAUUUCUGACUUUUUAUCUCAUUUUUCAAAGAGCUUCCUCCUUCCUUACUUUUACUCUCUGGCAAAAACCUCCAUAACCAAAGCUUACAUUGCUCUAAAGCUUGCUUUUUAGUGCUCCGUUGCCACCAAAAAGCCCGUCACUUUCUUGGUUUUCUUCUUCCGAUUCCGGUGACACUCAGGAUUUCGCUUUUUCUUGACUUGUAUUUUCCGGGUUUUACCUUGCUUUGGUUUUCGUGAUUUUUCGGUGGUUUUCCGGUCCAAGGUCUCAGCUUUUGGUGUUUUGGAGUUUUAUCUGUCUUUUCGGCAAGUUUCGCUCCCUGUCUCUUCUCUUUUUUCGGCGAUUUUACACUUCCAGGUAAUUACAUACUUCUUCCCUCAUUUCCGUUUCUUUUUCUUGUGUUUGCCAUGUCGGACCAAUCUGAUAGCCAAAAUGCCUUCAAUGAGGUUUUUAUGAUUGAAAGUGACCCUUCUUCCCCCUCUAUUGACCAAGCCUAUGAGUCUGACCCUAGCCCUGUGGGAAGAACUAGGUUGUUGGCGGACAUACCCCCUACUGUUGAUAGAGAAAAAGAGUUGAGGUCUAAGUUCCUUAACGACCCUGCUACUCCUGAGGAGCAAAAUCUGACUUUGAAAUAUCUGAAUGCUAGCCAGAGUGGUGAUAAGCAGACGCUUAGGGAACUUAGGCAUCAGAUUUUAGCUAGGCGCACCCGUAGGCACCCGCCAACAGAUGCCGUCCCUGGUCUUGAUGUCCUUCCUCUUAGGGAACAUGCUUGGUUAGAUAGCUUGGCGGAUGCGGGGGUUAGAGUUUCGUCCGACUUUUACGACCGUUUGCAGGAGUGCACCACUCCUAACCCCCCUAUUGUUGAUUUAGGUGACGACAGUGCUUCACCUGCUAUGGCCCAAGAGGACAAUACUGAGGUUGUUUAUCAGCGUCGCACUGGAGUGGCGGCUUCCAAAGCCCCAAUGGUUGAAGAGAGUUCUCGGUCGGGCCGAGAGGGGGAUGAUGAGGUGGGUCCUGGAACCAAUGCUGUCUGGCUUCCUGAGGACGCCUGUAAUGGUCCUCUUUCUGUAGUGAUAGAUGAGUCCUGGCGUCGAGAGGCUUUGGAGUUGCAUUAUCCCCGGGUGGCCCGGGAUUUAUACCACAUGCCGGCCCCUUACCGAUUGAUUGUGCCGUCAGAAGGAUCUAUUAUAACGGACUGUCCUCCCGGUCAUGUGGCCGUUUACACACAUCACUUCGAGUUUGGUCUCCGUUUUCCUCUGGAUUCCUUUUUGGUGGAGAUUUUGAAUGCCUUCAACGUUUGCUUGGCCCAACUGACUCCUCUGGCCGUCCGCAACCUUAUUGCGUAUAUAUGGGUGAUACGCUUUCUGGACUUUCCCCCUACCCUCAAUUUGUUCCGCCAUCUUCAUUGGUUGAAGAAGAACGGGUCCUCCCGUCUGGCUGGAUGGUGGUCUCUUAUGACGGCUGAUAAGAAGAUGACGGUUCAGCCCAAGAUGACCAGCCUGAAAGGCUGGCAGGAUGCCUUCUUCUGGGUACGGGUGCCGGACGACUCCCUGUACGCCGCCAUUUUACUGAACCUGCUCCGCAUAUGGAGCACUUGACUCUGAAGCCGCUAACUGGGGAAGAGUUAGCGGCUUAUGAUUACUUUGAUUCGGUCGAUUACGAUAUCACUUAUGAGGAUGGGAGAGUUGUUAAGUCUAAAGAGCCUUCAACCUGGCUUCCCCAUACGAAGUACAUCUUGGGGACAAGCCCUUGUCGGCUCUCUUAUUGUCUCCUGCCCAUGAGAAUGGUCUUGGCUGCCUUGAUCUUGACAUUCUUGGCGUCGACGACGACUAUAAACCACUAACACAUUUACCUGCUCCUCCUCCUUCCGACUACCUGACAAUGCACAGUGCUACCAAUGGUCGCGGGGAGGGAACCGUCAUGGCCCCCAAACCGCUCCGAGAAGGGGUCGUGGCGCGUCACCAGCACUCGCGUCCCUGUGGUUGCAGCCACUUCUGCUGCCAACUCACCUACCGUCCCCUUGAGGUCCUCCACCACCAGGACCGUCACCAGGGGUGGCACUUUGAAUAGGAGGCGCUCCCGGGAACAAGCUGCUGAGGACUCUGCCGCCAACAAGAGGUAGGCAGUAGAGGGCCCAUCUGUCAAUGAAGUCCUUGUUGAGGACUUGGAUCCUUCUGCUGAGGAAGUACGAGAUGAGGGCGCCACUGCUCCUGGUGCCGGCACAGCUGUGGGUGGUUCUCUGGUAUCUCAAAACACUUCUUCUAUUAAGGAGAAGUUGAGAGAGCUGAUUGCCACUCCUAGCUUCCUCUCCAACCUUUCUCCUGGGAUCUUUUAUAGGUUCAGGGAAUGGAUUGAGAAGAAGGAGGUGCCGUUAAGCGACACGGUGGCGGCCGCUUUCGCUCCUCAGGCUGUGACCCCUGGCAAGAUCUAUCAGCCAAAUUGGGACGUUAGGGAGGAUGAAUCCUUGUACUCUGACAUCCCUGAGAACGGUGGCAUUCUUGCCUACCGUAUUCUCAAGGGUAUGCAGCUGCCCUUGGAUCGCCCUUCAGGCUCUCUGAAGACUCCUGCUGCUAGGCUGGCUCAUGACCAGUUAGUGGUAUGAUUUUAACUCUUCUCUUUCUUUUUUUUCUUUUUUUUUUUUUUUUUGUUUUUGCUAACGUCCCUUAUUUUCUUUCAUAGGCCAACAAUGCUGCUAUCGAGCUGAUAGAGCAGUACUUGGAGUACCAGAGGCUGGCGGACUCCUACAAAACCUCGCUGGAGACUUGCCAGGAGUUACUUCAGGAGGCCGAGAAGAAGGUGGCGCCUCUAGAGGAUGAAGUGGCG